AUGAACUCAGAACCAAACUUUACCACGGCUUCCAACCUGACGCCCCCCUCUCCUGAUGGGGGAGGCGGCUGCCCCCCGGUGGGUAUCCAGCUGGAGGGGCUCAUCAUGCCCCCGGUCCUCAUCGUGGACGUCAUCCUGGGGCUGCUGGGGAACAUGGUGGCCCUGUGGAUCUUCUGCUUCAGGCUGAAGGCCUGGAACCCCAACGCCCUGUUCCUCUUCAACCUGGUCAUAGCUGACUUCCUGGCUCUGGUGAGCCUGCCACUGAGGAUCGACGCCUUGCUCAGGGGUCACUGGGUGUUUGGAGACGGCAUGUGCCGGAUCAACCUCUUCCUGAUGUUCUCCAACCGUUCGGCCAGCAUUGCACUCAUGACAGUGGUGGCGAUUUACCGUUAUGUGAAGGUGGUCCACCCUCACAAUCGCUUCAGCCAGAUGACCAAGCGUCAGGCGGCGGUGGUCUCAGUGCUCGUCUGGCUGCUGGUGAUCAGUCCCCGGCUUCCCAUGCUGGCCUACAGCCACAUCAAAGGUAAAGAGGACAGGACCCAGUGCUUCUUCUUCACUUCCUACAAAGAGGCAUCCCGUGCCAUCAUCGUCCUGGUGGGCAUGCACCGCAUCCUGACUGUGCUGGAGUUCAUCCUCCCCAUGGCCAUGCUGUUGUUCUGCUCUGUCCGGAUCUCCUGCUUCCUGAAGCAGAGGCAGAUGGGCAAACCUGAAAAGGUGCGCAAGGCCAUGCGAAUGUGCGCUGCCAUCGUGGCCGUGUUCUUGGUGUGUUUCCUGCCCACCACGGUGACCACCAUCGGUGUCUGGGUCAUCAAGUCGUUCCGCCCAUGGGACUGCGCCGCCUUCUACACCUUCACCCAACUCACCAUUGUGUCUUUGGGUCUGAACUUCCUGAACUCGGCUCUGGACCCGGUGGUCUACGUCUUCUCCAGUUCCAUGUUCAGAAAGGCCCUGUUGGGAGCGAUGCCCCGUGCCCUGCGCUGCAGGCGGGACAAAGACGAGAAGACGGCCUCUUCCUCAGGAAGUCAGUCCACCACCCAGCAGGAACUGAGGUCCAUCGGCGGCAGCGAGGCCAUUUAA